UUAAGGUUUUGUGUAAUAAUUAUGCUAUAAAAUAAAAAGCUUUAGGUUUAAAAUGCAGUUUGAAUUUUGCUAUUAAAGAAGAAUUUGUAUUUCAUUCCUUGCUUAAAAAGUUAUAAAUAAUGUUAAUUAUUUUGUUAAAUAUAUUUACAUUGUGGAUAUUGCCGGUUCUAACGUCUGUUCCAAAUUUACAAUUAAAUGAUGGAAAUGCAAUACCUAUGAUAGCUCUUGGUACAAUUAUGCCGAAUGACCAACGAGAGUCACUAACCCAAACAGUAAUCACAGCUAUAAAAACUGGCUACAGACAUAUCAAUACCGCAGCUUACUACCGCAGUGAAGAAUAUAUAGGCCAGGGAAUUGCUGAUGCUGUACAAAAGGGAUAUGCUACUAGAGAAGAGCUGUUUAUAACCACUAAACUAGACCUACGUGUGGUUAAGGGCGAUGAAGUUUUAGAAGCCUUCAAAGCAUCGCUUAGUCGUCUUAAGUUAAACUACGUUGACCUGUUUCUGAUCCAUUGCCCUUUAAAUGCGCUUAACUAUACAGUUGCAUAUGACGUAGUGGACGUCUGGAAGGGCAUGGAGGAAGUCAAGAAGGUCGGCUUGGCCAAGUCUAUUGGCGUAUCAAACUUCGAUAGUACCCAAAUAAAUCGCCUUCUAACAUUUAAUGAAAUACGACCUGCGGUUAAUGAAAUUGAGAUUAAUCCAACAUUCACUAACCUGGAUUUAGUAGCAUAUUGUCAAAGCCUGAACAUACCAGUGUCAGCAUAUGCGCCAUUCGGCUUCUUUGUACCCCGACCUUUCAGACCGGAUGUAGACCCAAAACCACCUCCAACACCUGACAACACUUUGAUGAAGGAACUAGCUGAGAAAUACAGCAAGAGCACUGCACAGAUAACUCUACGUUAUUUGAUUGAUCGUGGUUUAAUUAUAAAUCCAAAAUCAGUAAUACAGUCUCAUUUGCAAGAAAAUAUAAACAUUUUUGACUUCAACCUUAACGAACAGGAAAUAAGGCUUAUCAAUGACUUCAAUCGAAAUGAAAAAGUGUACUUCUUAAAAAUAAAACAACUAAACGCUAUGUCUGAAUAUAUAUUUAAUGUAGAUUUUAAAACAUCUUUAAAUAAUUAAUCAAUAAUGAUUUAAUAUUGUAGCAAUUGUUGCUACCGUGGAAAUAAAGCUUUAUUAAUAAUAAUAAAGGAUAAGGAUAUAAAACAGUAAACUGGAAAUAGUAUAUUUUUAAAUAUAUCUUUUUCCCCAAUUUCUAGAUUAAAUAGAAUAGAAUAUAUUAUUUUUUAUUAAGUAAUAAAAUUAAAUAAACCAACAGAAUAUGCAAAAAUCUGGUUGAAUAUGAUGAAUACAUAAAAGAUUCCGACGAAUUCAUAACCUCCUCCUUUUUUUGAAGUCGAUUAAAAAAUAAGAUUGGUGAAAGACAAACAUGAAAAUUGUUUGGUAAAUAUAUUUUCAUUAAUUAACAUUGCAAAAUGUUAUACUAUUAUUUAUAUAAGUAGGUAAUUUCCAUGUAACUGAUGAAAACCAUUUUACUAGCAUAAAUUGGUAUUUUAUUGCACGCUCAAUGAUGUGGCACAAAAUAUAUUGUUGGUAAUUAUACAAUUGCAUUUAAUAUGCAAUUGUGGCUAUUUAAUUUUUAUUUUUAUUAGACAUAAUAUGUACAUUUAGUUAAAUUAAAUGGAUGUAUGUUUAUUAAUAAAAUAUAAAUGUGUUGUACAUUAUUAACGGCAAUUUUGUAAGAGUCCGAUAUUAGAAAAAAGAAGAAAAAGAAGAAGACAGAAAGAAAAUAAAUUUAUUAAUUUUUAGUGUCACAAACAGUACAUCCUAUCUAAAAUAUUAUAUGACUGUCUGUGACACCAAACAGAAAGGGCCUUAACCAGCAUUGGCCGUUCAUCGCAGAAAAGCAAUACCCAGCGCUGAUUUUCAGCUGAGACCCGGGUGACGUCACAGUCAGUUAUAAUUACCUACUAGGUAAUCAAAAUACUUUCACAACCACAAAACGUCAAAUCAAAUUGAGUUUUUUUGAGUUUUGACAUUGAGUCAAAAGCAUUGACUCAAUCUUAAGCGUUAAGUAGUAGACGUGUGGUCUGACAGACGUCUUGAUUGUUAAUUUAAGAAAGUGACAUGAGUCAGCGAUGACCAUUUCUCCCGCUCUCCUCUGUACCCCUCGGGCUGACGCCUGGAAAUUUUUAGGAUAGUGAGUGUAUCGGCGCGUGCGAUUUCGGCGAGUUUUGAUUUUUAUAAGAUCCUGAGUGGUCUGUCAGACCACACGUCGGUAGGUACAUAUGUAACUUUUUUUGGACACGACUUUAUCAGAUUGUAACAUCUCAGUUUUCAUUCAGUUAUAUUAAUGGAUUAUCUAGGUACUUCGGACAUAAAUCGUAAAUAAAAGUGGUUCUUCAAACAAGAAAAAAAACAAAAAUUCCCUCAAAAUGAAGACCGAAAUGUCGUUGAAAUUUGCUCAUAGUCUUUAUCUCAAUGAGAGCUCAGGGUCCAAAUGUGAGGACCCAAAUUUUGUUACCAUUAAAAGUGACCAUAAUUAGGCAUCAGAACAGAAAGGGUUCGAGAAGAAAGAAAUAGAAUCCAAUGAGAUCAAUGUUAGAGGUCUAACAUUAUUAAUGACUAAAAAGUGGGUUAAGAAAAUCUUUAAUCUCUAGGGAAUAAUAAUUGUUAACCUUUAGGUAUAUAUAUACGAGUAUAUUUAUUGCGUAAUUGUAUGUUUAGCGUACUACACUAAUGAACAUUGAAACUAAGCUUGUUAUUAAAGAUAAAUCUUACUGA